AUGAGAGCUUCUUACAAGGGCCUUGACUGCCUUAAUGAUAAGCAGGAUCCCAUGUACCAACACUACCAUACUGUCUCGCAAGAGCAGGUGCCAUGGACCGACCAGCCGUGGUAUGGGUUGGUUACGCUAUACUUUGGCGUGGCUACCAUUUUUGUGGGAAUGGUGAAAUGCUUCUGGUACAUGUGGAAAGACUACCGGUACAUCUCCAGCGGGAGAAAGAUGCCUUCGAUCGUCUCCACCUUCACUAAUGUCUUCACUGCUUACUGUCGUCUCGUUGGUUAUCAGCAGGUUCCAGAAGUCUUCGUUCGGUACCUCAGUUUACCUUCCUCGCUAGGCUCGGUGAUUUACCUGUUUAUUGCAUCAGGAUACCUUCUAUGCUUUUGCUUUAUCCCUCACUUCUGGUAUCGUGGUUGCCGAGGUUUUGGCUCGCCGCCGUUGGCUGUGAGAGCUGGUAUAAUGAGCACUGCCUUGACUCCAUUCAUUAUGAUUCUUGCUGGUAAAGUCAAUGCAAUCACCAUCCUCACGGGCAUCAGUUACGAGAAAUUGAACUGGAUUCACCAAUUUGUUGGCGUUGCCGCUUUGGUUUUGGCGCUUGUCCAUACCAUUCCAUUCAUUUACCAGCCUUUGCAAGAGGGAGGUGUUGAAAACCUUGCCAAGGUCAACAAGGAUUACCUUUAUGUUACUGGCUGGCCUCCCACUAUCUUUAUCAUCUUGUUGUGUGCUCUUUUUAAGAAGCAAGUACGUGAAAAGAUGUACGAGCUUUCCUUCCACCUUCAUUGGCUUUUGGGUCUCGGGUACGUUGCCUCGCUUGGUGUCCAUGUUUACGAUCAGUUGGAUCAGCAAAACUGGAUUUGGGCUACUGCUGCAUUCUGGGGAGCUCAAUGGAUUUGCAGAAUUAUCUUGAAGACUUUCUGUAGACCAGGCUCUGGUUUCUUGAAGUUCAGAGAAGCUGAAAUCAGAAAGUUGGAUGGAAACACGUUUGAAGUUGCAAUUGAUAGAAUUAAGGGAUUUUCAUGGCGCCCUGGUCAGCACUGCUUCUUGAGGUUUGUUGGUAAAAGAAUCGUGGAUAACCAUCCGUUCUCUAUUGCCACUAUUAAGGAGGAUGACAAAUUGAGAUUUAUUAUCGUUCCAAAGAAAGGACUCACAAGGAAACUCUAUGAUGGAUUGGAGAAUGCUGUUUCCGUCAAGAAGAAGGUGCUUUUGGAUGGACCAUACGGUGGUACUUUCAGAAACCACCAUGCUUUCGAUUCUGUUCUUCUUAUGGCCACAGGCUCGGGUGUCACAGUUGCCUUACCAUAUCUUCUAUCGUUAGUUAAGGAGACGAAGCUGGUUGUGAGAGCGAUCGAUUUCAGAUGGAUUGUUCGUCGUGAACGCGAUAUCGGCUGGAUCAGGCAUGAGUUGAACGAGGCCAUGGAGCAGGCUGGCCAGAAGCUUGAAGUUCACGUCUACGUUGCAGGCGAGGAAGCCUCGGAAGUCGUUACAGCCGACAAGGAUUCAUGGAGCAGCAAGGAAAAACAGCUUUCACAAAGCUCAGAAGAAAUAAGCGUGCCUAGCGGGUUACAGAUCCACUAUGGCCGUCCAGACGUUCACAAUAUCAUGGCCGAGUACCACUUGAAGAUGCUACGCCGCAACCUUAUCAUCAGCUCUGGCAGUGACCUCAUGAAGCGUACGGUCAGCCAAAAGUGUGCUGAAUACCAGACGGCAGUUCUUACCACCGACAGAACGCAGCCGUACAUUGAAGAAGUGUGUCUCCAUACUGAAUCGUUCGGCUGGUAA